AUUUAUUCCGUGAGAAUUGUCACCCAUUCAGUACAACAGGAGCUCUUGAGACGUUGACGAGAGAUCCCUGCCGCGGGAUCUUAUUCGUCUUUGCGGUACUGAGAGUAUCCUUUCUCUUGUUCGCAUUGCCGCUGAUCAACAACCUAGGAGAUAGUGCAUAGCGAGGGAGCGCUGCGGAUCGCCUAGCCCUGCUGCGGGGCCUUCAACUCCACCGAUCAGUUCUCGCCAUGGCUGAAGCUGCGAAUGCUGCUUCCAAGGGCGUUCAAGUUGAUCCCCAUCAUGAAUCGUAUGGAGAUAUCCAUCCGCCAGUGAAGGCGAGAAACGUCGAGGAACUUCACUCACUUCAGAAGGCGGUGUCGUCGGAGAAGGUCACUGCUCCGGCGCAGUCGAUCAGCCAGUCGCUUGCUUCCAUCUCCAAGGGCAAAGCAGUGUGUCAUCAGUCUCGACCGGACCUUAGUGACACGGAUCUGAAGGUUGCUCAUGUGCUUUACAACCUCUCUCCCGCGGAGCUGUACGAGGAGGCGAUCAAGUACGAGCAGGGGUCGCACAUCACGUCCACUGGCGCGCUGGCCACUCUGUCCGGAGCCAAGACCGGUCGUUCUCCGAAGGACAAGCGCGUGGUGAAGGAGGAUGAGACGUCUGCUGACCUCUGGUGGGGAGAGGGGUCGCCCAACAUUGAGAUGGACGAGGAGACGUUCUUGAUUAACCGGGAGAGAGCUGUCGAUUACCUCAACUCGUUGGACAAGGUGUACGUGAACGACCAGUUCCUCAACUGGGACCCGAAGAACAGAAUCAAGGUGCGCAUCAUCACGGCACGGCCGUACCACUCCUUGUUCAUGCGCAAUAUGUGCAUUCGGCCGACGCCCGAGGAGUUGGAGGAUUUCGAGCCGGAGUUCACCAUCUUCAAUGGCGGGCGGUUCCCGGCCAACCGCUUCACACACUACAUGACGUCGUCAACCAGCAUCGACAUCCAUCUAAAGAGGCGGGAGAUGGUCAUUCUGGGCUCGCAGUACGCCGGUGAGAUGAAGAAGGGUCUGUUCGGGCUGAUGAACUACCUGAUGCCGAAGAGGGGCAUCCUGUCCCUGCACUCGGGCUGCAACAUGUCCAAGGACGGGAAGGUGUCGCUCUUCUUCGGGCUGUCGGGGACGGGCAAGACCACUUUGUCGGCGGAUCCGAACAGGUACCUCAUCGGCGACGACGAGCACUGCUGGAGCGACGACGGAGUGUCGAACAUCGAGGGAGGAUGCUACGCCAAGUGCAUCGACCUGUCCAAGGAGAAGGAGCCAGASAUCUGGAAYGCGAUUCGCUUCGGCACGGUCCUGGAGAACGUGGUGUUCGACGAGCACACGCGGGUGGUGGACUUCACUGACAAGUCGGUGACCGAGAACACCCGGGCGUCCUAUCCCAUCGAGCACAUCGAGAACGCGAAGAUUCCAUGUGUUGGCCCGCACGCGAUCAACGUUAUCCUUCUCACAUGCGACGCUUUCGGCGUGCUCCCGCCUGUGAGCAAGCUGACGCUGGCACAAACGAUGUACCACUUCAUGAGCGGGUACACGGCGCUCGUGGCCGGCACAGAGGUGGGCGUGAAGGAGCCGAAGGCGACGUUCUCCGCGUGCUUCGGAGCUGCGUUCAUCGUUUGGCAUCCGGCGAAGUACGCUUCCAUGCUGGCGGAGAAGAUGCAGAAGCACGGCGCGACGGCGUGGCUUGUGAACACCGGGUGGGUUGCAGGAAGCUACGGCACGGGGUACAGGAUGAAGCUGCCGCACACGCGCAAGAUCAUCGAUGCCAUUCACGACGGGUCGCUCCUGCAGGCAAAGUACACGGCGACGGACGUGUUCAAUCUCGCCGUCCCUGAUCAUGUCGAGGGUGUGCCUGACGAGGUUCUGAUGCCGCAGAACAUGUGGGUGGACAAGGAGCUGUUUAACACCACUCUGAAGAAGGUUGGCGGGCUUUUCAAGGCGAACUUCAAGAAGUUCGAGGACUACACCGUUGGAGGGGACAAGAAGCUGACGGAGGAGAUUCUUUCGGCCGGACCGCAGCUGUGAGCAGGCAUGGAGAUCGGGGUAUCUCAAAUGUUAUGCCACGAGUUCGAAUGAAGAGAACGUGCGAUG